AUGGCAGUGCACGUUCCAUUUGAUGCCAAGCGUCUCAUCGGCAGGAGGUUCUCUGAUGCCUCUGUCCAGAGCGAUAUCAAGCUGUGGCCCUUCAAGGUCAUUUCUGGGCCUGGUGAGAAGCCAAUGAUUGUUGUCCAGCACAAGGGUGAGGAGAAGCAGUUUGCAGCUGAAGAGAUCUCCUCUAUGGUUCUCAUCAAGAUGCGUGAGAUCGCUGAAGCUUACCUUGGCAGCACGAUCAAGAAUGCUGUUGUGGCAGUCCCUGCCUACUUCAACGACUCACAGAGGCAGGCCACAAAGGAUGCUGGGGCUACCAGUGUUGGCGAGAAGAACGUCCUCAUCUUUGACCUUGGAGGUGGUACCUUCGAUGUCUCCCUCCUCAUCAUCGAGGAAGGUAUCUUUGAGGUCAAGGCCACAGCUGGUGACACCCAUCUGGGUGGUGAGGACUUUGACAAUAGGAUGGUCAACCACUUCAUCCAGGAGUUCAAGAGGAAGAACAAGAAGGAUAUCACUGGCAACCCGAGGGCUCUCAGGAGGCUGAGGACUGCUUGUGAGAGGGCGAAGAGGACUGAAAUAUGCUGA